AUGGCCGACCGCCCGUUACGCCCUGUGGUUGAGAUCAAUGAAGAUGGCGUCUCGCCUGCUUCUUCACAUCGCAGUCCCGUCAAGGAAUUCUCGCCCACAAACAUCUUUCGGCGCCAUGGAUACCAUCGCAUGGCCUCCGAUGGCAGCCAGGAGAUGAUGACCUACAAACCCCGACCGGAGGAAGUACAACAAUGGGAGGCAGCCUGUGGCGACUUUGACAAGGAAGGAUUGGGUAUCACAGGUCUUUCUCCGAAGAUAAAACGCGUGCCCGUGGGUGCAAAAAGCACCUCGCCAAACACACCUCGCUCGACCCACGGGUUCUCCUCCACCAACUCGACACCUCACUCGUCCAGCAAGCCUUUCAACUCGCAUCCGGUAAAUCACCAAUCCUCAUGGUAUAGUGAAUCCCCAGCUGUAGCAGGACAAGGCGAGCUACACCAAGACAAUACGCCCAAGUUCCAAGCAAUGCCCACUAGGAGCAUCCCCGAGGACGAAGAUGCCCAUCGUACAAGCAACGGGCGCCCAGAAGCGGACGAUUUUGAUGAUGAAAUCUUUUACAAGGGUUUUGGGAAACCGCCGCUGUAUUGCUCUUCGUCAGGCGAUGUCCACGUGAAAAGAACGAACUGGCUUUCCCUCACAAUUUUCUUUCUGAGUAUCUACUCUACUGUGCUCUCCGGUAUUUGGCUCAUGGUCUCUAUUGUCCAACCUCGAUGGGGCUACCAGAUCUCGUCACGACAGGGUCUGCUACCAUCGACGGCAACGACUUUAGCGGCACUUGCCAGCAAAACCAUUGAAAUGAGUUUUGUGACAGUGUUCAUCUCCUGUCUAGGACAAGUCUUGACUCGCAGGAGCAUCUUGCGGAGAGCAAAUGGCAUGACGCUCGGCGAAAUGACGAUGCGCAACUGGGUAAUCCAACCUGGCAGCUUGAUCACACACGCCGAAGCCGUACCCACUGCCGGCUUCACCAUUCUAGGCGCACUGACACUGACGGCAACGGUGGCCGCGACAUUCUACACAACUGCGUCGGACGCCAUGGUGGCACCCAAACUAAAGUAUGGAGGCUGGGAAAGCAAAGAGCUGACUGGCCUUGUUCGCACGUCCUACGCCAACCCUCAAUAUGUCGCAGAAGAAUGCCCUUCCCUGUUGAAUGCGCAAGACGAACUCCACGCGGCCGAGUCGUGCUCCAACGUCCUUUACUCGGGUGCCAGCUAUCGGAACCUCCUGAAGUACAUGUCGGUAUGGACAGAGAUCAGCGAGAAUGGUACCGGCGGCAUGGCGGACCUGAAGGAUCGCCCUGCAGGAACAACGCUUCUGUUUGAUAAUACCACAAUGGAAGCCACCUGGAUCGAGACGGAACAUUCAAGUGUGGAAGACAAUUUUGCCACGUGGGACAGAGUGAUCAACAAUGUCACGAUGGCGAUGCCGCAUCCGGGCGUGUAUGCUGCUGCGACAGAUGAGGCCAACAAUAUCCUCCAGCCUGAUGAUCUGGCCGGUGUAGGCGAGUACAUGAUUCGAGCUGGGGUGGUGAGUCCCAGCAUCAACGUCAUGUGUGUGAACUUGGACCGCGAUGAGCUGGCGCCCCUUGUGUACACGGAGUGGCCCAACGCAGUGACAGAUGACACAGGUGUUGGGGACCAGAAGGGCGCUGCAGCAGACUGGGAGUCAACCAUCCCGAGCGUUCCAGACGAAAACGAGGAUGAUGACAGUGUCAUUGCCGACUCUUUUCUCAACAGUACGGCUGUAGAUGAUGUCUUUCGCUGGGGACAGCAGUACUAUCGAUAUCGUCCCGUGUUCCCCAUGCUACCUGCCAACUACAACAUGAUCACGAAUUCGAGCGUCUACAACUCGUCAUCCAUAUACAUUUUGGCCAAGUCUCCCGCACUCACCGACUUCACUCUCUGCGAACUGAACUCAUGGACAUCGCCCAAUUGCUCAACUCGUUUCGACAUUUCAGGCACGGCGGGAGCUCGCAUUACCGCCCAUUGCGAAGACUCAGAUGACAGAGACAGCUUUAUACAAACCUUUGACAAUGGGUACCCGGCAUGGGGUGGACCCUCGAAAGACUGGAAAUGGCUCGCCGAUGCGUGGCGGCUGUCCAUGGACCUAAACGGAGGCGUCUACAACAACAAUGCCUCGAACGCACGCAUCAUCACGCAACUUGCUUUACAAGACCCUUCCCUACCAAAAACUCUUCCUUCCAUUGCUGAGGCGCUUGCGGUCUACGCUUCAUCAACCCUGGUCUCUGGAGCCAUCGAUUCACCCUUUGUGCACUAUUGGGAUCAUAUCCCAAACAUACUCGAUCCUGGCGUUCGCCAGGCCUUUAACGCCUCGAUUCGCACACAGCAAUACACAUCUGGGCAUGUCAAUGACUGGCAAACCAUCUUCUAUGUCAUCCUCUCUCUGGUCUUUGUGAUCAACCUGUUCUGCUUGGGCUAUUUUGUCACGCGCUCCGGACUCGUGACGGACUUCACCGAGCCUCAGAACCUCUUUGCGUUGGCCGUCAAUUCUCCGCCAAGCGAGGCACUCAAAGGCACUUGUGGUGGUGGCCCUGGCGGCGAGAGCCUGGUCAUCCCGUGGAGAGUGGCGUAUGCGCCAAGUGCAAACCACUACUUCUUUGAGGAAGCUGAGCGCAAGGGUAAAACCAAGGCUGCCAGGAGUGAAGUUGAAGUUAGUGACAGGGUGCAUCCGAAGUCAGGCAUGAGCUACAAGAGGCUGAGUUCGCGCCAGGGAUGGUUGUAUGGUUUCUAGACUCUGCUGUGGUUCGUACGAAUGAGAAGAACGUGGCGAGCUGAUUUCACGUAUGGGCUGCGUACAGAUUCACAUUUCGUAGAACCAGACAAAGACAAAAUCCUGAGUGAUUAUGUUGAGGAUCCAAUUCUCACCUGGUGACAGUCUUGGCUUGAUGGCAGUUGAGUGCCUUCUUUUGGGUGGCUGUUGGUUUAUUCAAGGGCUUCUCGAUCCGGUUCGCAAGAGGUUCUAUGCUCUCGAUGCUAUCGUCAUUCUGUUUAUACAAUUUUUCAAGAGAAUGCAGCCUAUUGAGACCAUUUGUUCCCGAUGUUGACCGGAGUUUGGCUGCGG